CGUGACCCCAGAUGGAGACCAGCUUUCGAUGGACGACACAAUCUUCAUUUCCGUUCACGCACUUACACCGGAAUGACUUCGAAGGCCCCCGAGAACCGUACGAACGGUACUCCGCCGAAUAUAAAAGAACUCAUAUUUUUGGGAACAGGCACUUCCGGCAACGUUCCAAACAUAUAUUGCUUGACGAAGGAUGUACCCGAUUGCAAAGUCUGCAUAGCGGCAAUGGAUGUCAAACCAUCCGAUGGGCCAAAAAUAAAUGGCGUCAUCUCGCCGACACCAAUAUUCAAUAAAAACAAACGGCGGACCACGAGCGCGGUAGUACGAUAUAUGCAUUCAGACGGGCGAAUGAGAACGAUCUUGAUAGACUGUGGGAAGAACUUUUACGAAUCCGCCCUCACCUGGUUCGUUCACUAUCGCCUUCGCCGGAUCGACGCUGUCCUUCUAACCCACGGCCAUGCGGAUGCAAUGCUCGGGAUGGACGAUCUCCGCCAGUGGACAAUUGGUGGUGCAGCUUUUAGCGUUCAAGAUCAUAUCGACGUUUACUGCAAUGAACAAACUAUGAGUGUUGUUCAGGGCGCGUUUCCGUACUUGGUUGAUAAAGGCAAAGCUACAGGAGGCGGGGACGUGCCAAGUCUCAACUUUCGUAUAAUGGAAACGACGUCGGAAGGGUACAAACGAUUUAUGAUUGAAGAGUUGGAAGUCAUUCCGGUGGAAGUGGACCACGGAAAGUAUUCGGAUGGACAACCGUUCAAAUGUCUUGGAUUCCGGUUUGGGGAUGUUACAUAUGUUAGCGAUGCUAGCGGGCUACCUCCUCAUGCAAAAGAACUGAUACGGGGGAGCAAAGUGUUAGUCAUGGAUUCUCUGCAUUACGGCUCCCAUGCAUCGCACUUUUCGAUCCCCGAAGCGGUAGAACAAUGCGCUUCACUAAUCAAACCGGGCGGCCGAGUCUUUUUAACUGGCUUUUCACAUCGAGUUGACCAUGACACCCUGGCAGAGGAGCUCAGACAGAACGAGGAUUUGAAAAAGGCAGGGGUGAAGGCAGAACCUGCGUACGAUGGUCUAAAGGUGGUGAUAUGACAGUUCCCUAGGGUUGGCGCUUUGAUAAGUGCGUCCCCUCGCAAAUGUAGAAUAGAGUGUCUUUUUAAAGAUGUGGAUAUUGGCAGUUUCACCUCUCGGUUGAAUUUUAUAUGGUUAAUGAAAGAUUCUUUCUCGGUACGCACACCUCUCGAUAUCCAAACAUAUAUGCAUAAUCAAAAGAAAAAAAAU